AUGUUUGAUGUGUGUGUGCAGGGUUCGUCAGGAAGCAGACAGCUGAGACCCCCUGCUGCAGGAAACACAGGCAUCGACAACCAACAUGGCGGCUCUGCUACUGUCAGGCCUAAGGGUUGCAGCUACUGCAAGGUGCUGCUGGGAAACGGAGUCCGCAUCGUCAAAGAGCUCAAACAGGAGGGUGGGUCCGGACCAGGAUCCACGCUGGUGUUCUGUAGUCCCAACUGCUCUGCUCUCCACACGUCUGAGCUCCAGAGCCAAACACCUGCAAACAAGCCUGUGGUCCCCGUCCUGCUGUCCGGCUCAGAGCAUCCCCCUCCCUCCAGAAUGCAGCAUCAGUACAACAACAACAUGUCAUCCAUUGCUGUGCACUCCCUCCCCCACACUCCCACCACCUCCUCCUCCUCUUCCCCAACGCUCUCCUUCCCGCCCGCCUCAACCAUCACCAUGGAGACCAGGCCCCGUGUGGACAGCCUGAAAAUGAAGGUGAAGCUGAGGCCCCACCCCCGCGCAGUCCCGGGUGGAGAGGACUUGACUCGACACGGGAAGAGGAUGAAGAGUUCCCGCUGGAGACGCUGGAGCGUUCGCAUCACAUUUAGCCGGGGUCCGGGCAUUACUAAUGAGGCAGUUGCCGUGCCAACAGAGGAAGAGGUGGAUCUGAUGUUGAAGAAGUUGGGGGCGUGCCUUCAACCUGACCCAUUACCCAAAGACCAGCGGAGGUGCUGCUUCUGUCACCAGCUGGGUGACGGACAGACAGACGGACCGGCGAGACUCCUUAACCUGGACCUGGACCUGUGGGUGCACCUGAACUGCGCUCUGUGGUCCAGUGAGGUGUACGAGACUCAGGCCGGCGCUCUGAUAAACGUGGAACUGGCGCUGAGACGAGGUUUGUCACUGCGCUGCGCUCACUGUCAACAAACUGGAGCCACGAGUGGCUGCAACCGUCUGCGCUGCACCAACACCUACCACUUCACCUGCGCACUGCAGGCGCACUGCACCUUCUUCAAGGAUAAGACGAUGUUGUGUCACUUUCACAAGCCCAGGACGGUUCCUCUCAGCGGGGACAGAUCUUCCAGCUGCUCCCCCUCCUCCACUCCAGGGCUGACCCCCGACCCUGCGGCAAUGCUGGUCUCUGACCCGUACGACUCGGAGCUACGGUGCUUUGCUGUGUUCCGGCGUGUGUACGUGCAGCGGGAUGAGGCACGGCAGAUCGCAGCUGUGGUGCAGCGCGGCGAGCGGCAGUACACCUUCCGAGUUGGCAGCCUGCUAUUUCGCGCUGUCGGCAGGCUCCUCCCUCAGCAGAUGAGGGCCUUCCACAACCAGACCGCCAUCUUCCCUGUUGGUUACCAUGCCAACCGCAUCUACUGGAGCAUGCGCCACAGCAGCAGACGCUGUAAGUACAUGUGCUACAUCGAGGAUGAUGACGGUCGGCCGCUGUUUAAAGUCAAAGUGGUGGAGAAAGGACACGACGACCUCAUCCUGACCGGACUGACGCCUAAAG